AUAUUCGACGAGUGACUCCGAUUGGAUCGCUGUUUUCCUCAUUCUCACUUUCAAAAACGAAAAAGAUAAAAGAAAAAAAAAAGGAAUCUCUAUCUUCCACCACCACCAUCACCUCUCUCUCCUUCACUUACCUCAGAUCUGGCUGCGAUUUCAAAUCUUCUUUAGUUUCUCUCGCAUCGCUCCUCUCUUUCUCUCUCUCUCUCCUGGCCGUUGACGGUCCCGUCCCGGCCGUCGAUCUGAUUUUGGCCCCGGGUUCUCUUGCCGCGAUCUGAGGUCAAACAUGGCGGCAGCUAACGCCCCCAUCAUCAUGAAGGAGGUCCUAACGCUUCCGAGCAUUGGGAUCAACCAACAAUUCAUCACUUUCACAAAUGUUACUAUGGAGUCUGACAAGUACAUUUGUGUACGGGAGACUGCACCGCAGAACAGUGUUGUUAUUAUCGAUAUGAAUAUGCCGAUGCAGCCUUUAAGGAGACCUAUAACUGCUGAUUCUGCUCUUAUGAACCCAAACUCUAGGAUCCUUGCCUUAAAAGCUCAAGUCCCAGGAACUACUCAGGAUCAUCUACAAAUAUUUAACAUCGAAGCAAAAUCAAAGUUGAAAUCACAUCAGAUGCCUGAGCAGGUUGCUUUUUGGAAGUGGAUCACACCAAAGAUGCUGGGGCUGGUCACACAAACUUCUGUGUAUCAUUGGUCGAUUGAAGGUGAUUCUGAGCCAGUUAAGAUGUUUGACAGAACGGCCAAUUUGGCAAACAAUCAAAUUAUAAACUAUAAGUGCUCUCCUAAUGAGAAGUGGUUGGUCUUGAUUGGAAUUGCUCCUGGCUCUCCUGAGAGACCACAACUGGUCAAGGGAAAUAUGCAGCUUUUCUCUGUGGAUCAACAACGGAGCCAGGCCCUUGAAGCACAUGCUGCGUCAUUUGCUCAGUUUAAGGUCCCUGGGAAUGAAAAUCCUUCUAUUCUUAUAUCCUUUGCAAGCAAGAGCUUUAAUGCUGGGCAGAUAACAUCAAAGUUGCAUGUCAUUGAGCUUGGUGCCCAACCAGGAAAACCAUCAUUUACUAAAAAGCAGGCAGAUCUCUUUUUCCCUCCAGAUUUUGCUGAUGAUUUUCCUGUGGCCAUGCAGGUCUCUCACAAGUUUCACUUGAUAUAUGUCAUCACCAAGCUUGGCCUGCUGUUUGUGUAUGAUCUAGAGACAGCUUCUGCUAUCUACAGAAAUCGGAUUAGUCCGGACCCCAUUUUCUUAACAUCUGAAGCUUCCGCAGCUGGGGGUUUCUAUGCCAUUAAUAGGCGAGGACAAGUUCUUUUGGCAACAGUAAAUGAGGCCACCAUAAUACCUUUUAUUAGUGGUCAAUUGAACAAUUUGGAGCUUGCUGUCAAUCUUGCUAAGAGAGGAAACCUCCCUGGUGCAGAAAAUCUGGUUGUCCAGCGGUUCCAAGAGUUAUUUGCUCAAACAAAGUACAAGGAGGCUGCCGAGCUUGCUGCUGAAUCUCCUCAGGGUAUUCUACGGACACCUGAUACGGUGGCUAAAUUCCAGAGUGUUCCUGUACAAGCAGGGCAAACUCCUCCAUUGUUACAGUAUUUUGGGACCCUUUUGACUAGAGGGAAGCUCAAUGCAUAUGAGUCUUUGGAACUAUCUCGGCUUGUUGUGAAUCAAAACAAGAAGAACCUCUUGGAAAACUGGUUGGCAGAGGAUAAGUUAGAAUGCAGUGAAGAACUCGGAGACCUUGUCAAGACUGUUGAUAAUGACCUUGCUUUAAAAAUAUACAUCAAAGCUAGAGCUACUCCAAAAGUCGUUGCAGCUUUUGCAGAGCGAAGGGAGUUUGACAAGAUACUGAUUUAUUCAAAGCAGGUUGGGUACACACCUGAUUACAUGUUUCUUCUGCAAACAAUACUCCGUACGGAUCCUCAGGGAGCAGUAAAUUUUGCUUUAAUGAUGUCCCAAAUGGAAGGAGGUUGUCCAGUUGACUACAACACUAUCACUGAUCUUUUCCUUCAGCAUUACUCAGAGUUACCUGAUAUCAAACGUGUAAUUGUGAACACACAUGCUAUUGAGCCACAGGCUCUUGUUGAGUUUUUCGGUACUCUUUCUAGCGAGUGGGCUAUGGAGUGCAUGAAAGAUCUUCUGCUGGUCAACCUGAGAGGCAACCUUCAGAUAAUCGUUCAGGCUUGCAAGGAGUACUGUGAGCAACUUGGUGUUGAAUCAUGCAUUAAACUCUUUGAGCAAUUUAAGUCAUACGAAGGGCUGUACUUUUUCCUAGGUUCAUAUUUGAGUAUGAGUGAGGAUCCUGAGAUUCACUUCAAGUACAUUGAAGCAGCUGCCAAGACUGGUCAAAUAAAGGAGGUUGAGCGUGUGACUAGAGAGUCUAACUUUUAUGAUGCUGAAAAGACGAAGAACUUUUUGAUGGAAGCUAAGCUUCCUGAUGCCCGACCUUUGAUAAAUGUCUGUGAUCGUUUCGGCUUUGUGCCUGAUCUUACUCAUUACCUCUACACAAACAACAUGCUGCGUUAUAUUGAAGGUUACGUUCAGAAGGUGAAUCCUGGGAAUGCUCCCUUAGUUGUGGGGCAGUUGCUUGAUGACGAAUGCCCUGAAGAUUUUAUAAAAGGCCUCAUUCUUUCUGUUCGUUCAUUACUUCCUGUUGAACCCCUUGUCGAGGAAUGUGAAAAGAGAAAUCGACUCCGGCUCCUCACUCAGUUCUUAGAGCAUCUAGUUAGUGAGGGAAGCCAAGAUGUGCAUGUCCAUAAUGCCUUGGGUAAAAUUAUCAUAGACAGUAAUAACAAUCCUGAGCAUUUCCUGACCACCAAUCCUUACUACGACUCUAAGGUUGUGGGUAAGUACUGCGAGAAACGUGAUCCCACUCUGGCUGUUGUGGCAUACAGACGAGGACAAUGUGAUGAGGAACUCAUCAAUGUCACCAACAAGAACUCUUUGUUCAAGUUACAAGCCAGGUACGUAGUGGAGAGGAUGGAUGGUGACCUCUGGGAGAAGGUUCUUACGGAAGAAAAUGAAUAUAGGAGGCAACUUAUUGACCAAGUUGUGUCUACUGCUUUACCAGAAAGCAAGAGCCCAGAGCAAGUUUCUGCAGCUGUUAAAGCAUUCAUGACUGCUGAUCUGCCGCAUGAGCUUAUUGAGCUUCUUGAAAAAAUUGUGCUUCAAAAUUCUGCCUUCAGUGGAAAUUUCAAUCUGCAAAAUCUGCUUAUACUGACAGCUAUUAAGGCAGAUCCGUCUAGAGUUAUGGAUUACAUUAACAGGCUGGAUAAUUUUGAUGGUCCAGCUGUUGGAGAAGUGGCGGUUGAUGCGCAAUUGUACGAGGAAGCAUUUGCGAUUUUCAAGAAGUUUAACUUAAAUGUUCAGGCUGUCAAUGUAUUGUUGGAUAAUGUCAGAAGCAUUGAACGUGCUGUUGAAUUUGCUUUCCGGGUCGAAGAAGAUUCUGUUUGGAGUCAAGUGGCUAAGGCUCAGCUCAGGGAUGGACUAGUCAGUGAUGCUAUUGAGUCCUUUAUCCGAGCUGAUGAUGCCACUCAGUUCCUGGAGGUCAUCCGUGCCUCUGAAGAUACUAAUGUCUAUGAUGACUUGGUCAGAUACCUUUUGAUGGUUAGACAGAAGGUGAAGGAACCCAAGGUGGAUAGCGAGCUCAUCUAUGCUUAUGCAAAGAUUGAAAGGUUGGGUGAGAUUGAAGAAUUUAUUCUGAUGCCCAACGUUGCUAACCUUCAAAAUGUUGGUGACCGCUUGUAUGACGAAGCUCUGUAUGAGGCUGCAAAGAUAAUUUAUGCAUUCAUAUCGAAUUGGGCCAAGCUAGCCGUCACACUUGUGAAGUUGCAACAGUUCCAAGGUGCUGUUGAUGCUGCAAGGAAAGCAAACAGUGCAAAGACAUGGAAGGAAGUCUGCUUUGCUUGUGUUGAUGCUGAGGAAUUCCGACUUGCUCAAAUCUGUGGACUUAACAUUAUCAUACAGGUAGAUGACCUGGAAGAAGUGAGCGAGUACUACCAGAACAGAGGAUGCUUCAAUGAAUUGAUCUCGCUUAUGGAGAGUGGACUUGGUCUGGAACGUGCUCACAUGGGGAUCUUCACCGAGUUGGGUGUACUGUACGCCAGAUAUCGUUAUGAGAAGCUUAUGGAACACAUCAAAUUGUUCUCAACUCGCCUCAAUAUUCCCAAGCUUAUCCGGGCCUGUGAUGAACAACAGCAUUGGCAGGAACUUACCUAUCUUUACAUUCAAUAUGAUGAGUUUGAUAAUGCUGCAACCACUGUCAUGAACCAUUCUCCUGAAGCAUGGGAGCACAUGCAAUUCAAAGACAUCGUUGCCAAGGUUGCAAAUGUUGAGCUUUACUAUAAGGCCGUUCACUUCUACUUGCAAGAGCAUCCUGAUAUAAUCAACGAUCUUCUCAAUGUGCUUGCUCUGCGGUUAGAUCACACGCGUGUCGUUGAUAUUAUGCGCAAGGCUGGUCACUUGCGCCUUAUUAAACCAUACAUGGUUGCAGUUCAGAGCAACAAUGUCUCUGCUGUAAAUGAAGCUCUGAAUGAGAUAUACGUAGAAGAAGAAGACUAUGACAGGUUGCGCGAGUCUAUCGAUUUGCAUGACAGUUUUGACCAGAUAGGUCUCGCUCAGAAGAUUGAGAAACACGAGCUUGUCGAAAUGAGACGUGUGGCUGCUUAUAUCUACAAGAAAGCUGGUAGAUGGAAGCAAUCGAUUGCUUUGUCAAAGAAAGAUAACAUGUACAAGGACUGUAUGGAAACUGCUUCACAAUCUGGCGACCAUGAUCUUGCGGAACAACUUCUCGUCUACUUCAUUGAACAGGGGAAAAAGGAAUGCUUUGCUACAUGUCUCUUUGUCUGUUAUGACUUAAUCAGACCAGACGUUGCUCUAGAACUUGCUUGGAUCAACAAUAUGAUCGACUUUGCCUUCCCGUAUCUCCUCCAGUUUAUCCGAGAAUACUCUGGGAAAGUGGAUGAGCUAAUCAAGGACAAGCUGGAGGCACAAAAAGAGGUGAAGGCCAAAGAACAGGAAGAGAAGGAUGUCAUGUCCCAACAGAACAUGUACGCCCAAUUAUUGCCACUUGCUUUACCCGCACCACCGAUGCCAGGAAUGGGAGGUGGUGGGUAUGGUCCGCCACCACCAAUGGGCGGAAUGCCAGGAAUGCCUCCAAUGCCACCAUAUGGAAUGCCACCGAUGGGUGGUUACUAAGACCAUAGGGGGAAAAAGUGAAAUCUCAUAGUAGUGCAAUCUGCCAUGGUGGUAUUCGUCUACUACAGAACUUUGACCGGAAUCGUCGGAAUGUUUCCUUCUUUGGUUUCGCUUUAUUAUAUAUAUAGGUAUGUGUGGAUAAUAAACUUGCUUUCUUCUGUAAUAUUCUUUGGGGGGGUUUUAGGUGAGUCAUUUUUGAUUGAAGCCCAUUUUACUGUUUAUAUUUGGAGGAGAUGCGACUUCUCCUAAUAGUCUUAUCAUUUUACUUUGGGAUUCUAUCUCAUGAGGUUUUCUUUUCACUCAAGGUUUCGACAUUUUAAGCAAUUCUGGAGUUUUUCUUCGAACACUUCA